AUGAUUUUUAUACUAGCCAUCAUUGAAACAAAGACAAACAAGCUUAGUGAGAACCAACAAAUUGCCGACAAAAAGAAUCUUCUUGAAUUAAAAGUUCCAAUAGGAAAAUCAAACAUUUCAUCAGCUGCCUUUAAGAAAUUCGAGAAUAAAUUUACUGUCAUUAAUAAUCAUACCGUCACAAAGAUGAUAAAUGAUCAUGAAAUUACAGAAUUUGCUAACUACAAUGUUAGCAAAGUAAAAUGUGGAAAAUGCCAUAGCUUAGCAAAAUGUGUUUGGCCUGGAAUAUGUCAAUGUCCUCCUGGAUAUGAAGGAGAUGGUACUAAUGCUUGUAAUAUUCCAACUCCAUAUAGUUUCAGCUACAUGAUUGGACAAUUUCCUGAAAAUUCUACCGAAUUCAUCAAUGUUUCUUAUACAGGCGUUAGUUCCAGAUUCAAUAUUACGAAAGUUUAUUGUAAAAUUGGAACACAAAUAUCACCUGCAAUAAGUUACGGACAUCUAUAUGCAUUAUGCAAUACUACUUACUCUAAGAAAGGACUUGAAAUUUCCCUAUCCUUUGACGGAGUUAAUUUCGGAGAAGGCGUAAUAAUUGGAAAUUCAUCCUUUUAUAGCUGGUAUGUUUACGUAGGUAUUGGUGCUGGCAUAAUAUUAGGUAUUUACGCUAUAUUCUUGCUGUUUUCUUCAAAACCUGGGCCGCUCGCAAAGAAAGAUGAAGUAAUUCCUCUCACAAAAGAUGUUAACAGAGCAGAUGACUUUGAUGAACUGUAA